AUGCUUAAAGAUGGACAAUUGAAAGUUCCAGCAAUUAAUGUCAAUGAUUCAGUUACAAAAUCCAAAUUUGAUAACCUUUAUGGUUGUCGUGAAUCACUCGUUGAUGGUAUUAAAAGAGCAACAGAUGUACAAAUUGCUGGUAAAGUAGCAGUUGUAGCAGGUUAUGGUGAUGUUGGCAAAGGUUGUUCAGCAUCACUUAGAGGAAUGGGAGCUCGUGUGAUCAUUACAGAAAUUGAUCCUAUUAAUGCUUUACAAGCAGUUAUGGAAGGUUUUGAGGUUACAACUAUGGAUGAAGCUUGCUCAAAAGGUAAUAUUUUUGUAACAACAACUGGUAAUCGUGAUAUUAUUGUUGGUAGACAUUUUGAACAAAUGAAAGAGGAUGCUAUUGUAAGUAAUAUUGGACAUUUUGAUAUAGAAAUUGAUGUGGAUUGGCUUAAAAAAAAUUCAAAAGAACAUGUAAACAUUAAACCACAAGUUGACCGAUAUACUUUAGCAAAUGGCAGACAUAUAAUUUUGCUUGCAGAAGGAAGAUUGGUAAACCUUGGAUGUGCUACAGGACAUCCAAGUUUUGUUAUGAGUAGCUCGUUUUCAAAUCAAGUAUUGGCACAAAUUGCCUUAUGGACAGAUAAUACAUCUUAUCCACUUGGUGUUCACAUGUUACCUAAAAAAUUGGAUGAAGAAGUUGCAUUAGCUCAUCUUGAACCAUUGGGUGUUAAACUUACAAAACUUACACAAGCGCAAUCGGAAUAUCUUGGUAUAAAUCCUAAUGGGCCAUUUAAACCUGAACAUUAUCGGUAA